CGGUAAAUAUCGAAGCAAGAAACACUCCAAAUACACUAUUUGUACAGAAAUGGCUUGUCACUCAAGUAAAAACAAGUAGAAAAAAUCAAUUCUCAGUCUGUUCUUAUUUAUCGCGGAUUCUCAAAGCGGUGAAGAAUCAGAUCGAAGAUGUUUCUCACUAGAACUGAGUAUGAUAGAGGUGUCAACACUUUCUCACCUGAAGGAAGGUUGUUUCAAGUUGAAUAUGCUAUUGAAGCCAUUAAGUUGGGUUCAACGGCGAUUGGGAUAAAGACCAAGGAAGGCGUUGUUCUUGCUGUUGAAAAGCGAAUUACUUCUCCACUUCUGGAGCCAAGCAGUGUGGAGAAAAUUAUGGAAAUUGAUGAGCAUAUUGGAUGUGCAAUGAGUGGAUUGAUAGCUGAUGCAAGGACUCUCGUUGAACAUGCACGAGUUGAAACUCAGAACCACAGAUUCUCUUAUGGUGAGCCCAUGACUGUUGAGUCCACAACACAAGCUCUGUGUGAUUUGGCCCUGCGAUUUGGUGAGGGUGAUGAAGAGUCUAUGUCCAGACCUUUUGGAGUAUCACUUCUCAUUGCUGGUCAUGAUGAGAAUGGUCCUAGCUUAUACUAUACUGAUCCUUCUGGCACAUUCUGGCAAUGCAACGCAAAAGCAAUUGGUUCAGGUUCAGAAGGCGCUGACAGCUCUUUGCAGGAGCAAUUCAACAAGGACCUUUCCCUUAAGGAGGCUGAAACGAUAGCACUGUCAAUUCUGAAGCAAGUGAUGGAAGAAAAGGUGACUCCCAAUAACGUUGAUAUUGCGAGGGUAUCACCAACCUAUCACCUCUACUCCCCUUCUGAGGUGGAAGAUGUUAUCAGCCGCCUUUAAGAAGAAAACGCUCUUGUUAUGCGUGUACCCAAUUCUCUGUCAUGGGCAAUGUUUGCUUUCAGUUCUAGAAUUUGUGAAUUGUUUUGCCCCUUCAGGCACGAUACAUUGUUAGCUUUGAGUUACAUUUCCCUUCAAGGACAAAGCUCAAACCCUUUAUGUUGCUUGACAAAAUUAUGUACAACGGGAUAGAUUAUUUGGCGACGAGGCUUAAGAUUGCAGAAAAAACUACGUUUUAAAGUUA